AUGUGUCGGUGGGUGCAACAUCACUAUGGCGCAUGUCGGCACCAGGAUACAUUCCUCGAGGCGUUUUGCCCCGAUUCGACGGCAGUGACCACCUCGCCACCAGACAAGAAGGCGCGCAGGAACACACUUGCGCCUGGCUCAUUCUGGACUCCAGAUGAAGGCGAAAGACCAACCGGCGGCGAUCGCGCUCGUGGACAGGCAGGCUCGUCUGGAUCCGCUGGCGCUUCCUCCUCGACUUCUCGACCUCCUCCCUCAACCAGCAACAAGAGAUCAUCCAAACAUCGCAACGUCCUGUCGAAGACAUUUCCAGAGCACAGCUUUACACCCAUUCCAGAAGAGACGGCAGAAGAUAUCGCAUCCCUUGAACAGCAGCGACAGAAUCGGCGGCAACCAAAGCCGCCAUCUCCUCGUCGAUUUUCCGAGCAAGCACAAACGGACAUGGCUGGACUCGCUCCAUUCGGAAAGUCGACAUUCAGGCACUUGAUGGGCGGAGCUGGCUCCUCGCAGCUUGCCACUCCUGUCACCACGGCCAAGCAUCAUAAUGGACCCCAAGAAAUGACACCAGACUUGAAUCAGCAGGGUGGCUCCCUUCGCAUCAGGCAGUCUGGCAUCAGAGAUCGGUCUGAUGAGAGCUAUGAUCUGCCUCACAGCAAUGAAAUUCUGCAGCACAUCACCCAGUCUUGUGGCGGCGACUUCACUCCCUCUCGCAUCGGCACGGAUCCUCUUCGUGAAUCCUCAUGUGGCAGUGAUGUACAGCAGUUCGCCACCCACGACGCCGCUUCCAACCCUCGGGACAGCAUUGAUGCUAUCGAGCGUGAUCUGGAUUUGAUGAAGACAGAGAUUACCACGCUCCGUGUUGGAGAAUCAAAACAGCCUCCCUCGAUGGAAGAGUUCCCACAGCUUCCAAGCCUUCGCUCCAAGAUCCCUGUCCCGCAGGCAGAGGCACCACCAGAAGAGCCGGUAUACCACUCGAGAGCUGCUGCUUUGCAGGCUAGACACGAGAGACAAGAGAAGGAAAAGCGUGAGAGGCUCGCCAGGGAGAAGUUGGAGCGGGAAAGGGCUUCGCCGGAGCGUCCUCCAGGGGCCGAGCAAUUUCCUGGCUUGGGCACUCCAUCGUCGACAUCUUCUCAGCGGACAGCACUCUCGUCUGCGGGAAGUCGGGGCGGACGCAAGACUUCGUGGGCUACGAUUGCCUCUUCUGGCAUGAAGGCAGCGGUUGAAAAUAAUGCCCCUGGCAAGCGCAGCAGCAUCGGUAGUGCCGGUGUUUCGACUGUGUCGGCUUCGAGGACUUCUCGUGGUAGCAUCAGCAGCUUCAACAGCCCACAGCCGGUCAAGGCCGUCCCGAAUGCUGGUGCUGAUCCGCAACUGACUUCGAGUGAGGUUGGUGAUAGCAGUGUCAUCAUCUCGCCACAGAAGUCUCGCAUCAACACACCAUCGGUGGGGACUGUGAAGCCUUCGCAGUCGACGUGCACUCUGGGCAAGCAGUCUCCUCGAUUCGCCCAACCAACUCAGGCCACCACUCGGCGUGUCGACGAGACUCUGCGCAAAGAUUCCACAACGUCGAAGGCUUCUCCAGAAGGCUCGCCAACCAAGUCGACUCGCACACUUACUCAGAGCCCGAAGAAGCGGGCAGCUCUUCCCUCGAACUGGACCUUGUCGCCAGACUCGUCGCCGUCCAAGCAGUCAUUCGUCACCACCCUCGGCUCGAUCCAUAGCUCGCCUUCUCGCUCUCGCGAUGCACCUUCCAGUCCAGAAACGAAGGCUCCGUCGCCAGCACACUCCAAGGCCGACAGCCCGGAGCAAGGAUUGCGCAAGAAGACCAGUUCAUACAUGUCGCCAACCAAGGCCACCGCUCAGCGCACGAUUGAGACGCUCGGCCAGGAGACCAUCAAGCAAAGUCCUCCACGACUGUCGAAAGCCGCUGCCAAGAUCGACACCAAUGUUUCUCCGGCCACUGCCAUCAUGUCGCCAAUGGAGAAUACACCUCCUUUGGUUGCUCCACUGUCUGGAAGUACUCUUAGAUCGGGAUCGCCGGUCGGCUUUGAGCAGCUCAACAUCACUGAGCGUGUGAUGCAGCAAUUGAGGACCGGAAGGCCCCCGCCAUUGGCAGACGUACCAGACAUGACUCCGGCGGGGACUGCUACUCGCACGGCUUCCAGCUCGACUGCAAGUGUCUUCAAUUCUCCAAUCGCGAAGUCUGGUAGAUCGAGUCGUCGGGCCACCGUUGGCUCUCCUAUCGCGGAGAUGGUGGCAGCCAAGGCCAGAGAAGCUGGCUUUCCUCAGGUGGCAAACACCACCGUCAAACGUCGGGGAUCGCAUGGCCACCUGUUGACUCCAAUUGUUAAGAGACUUGGAAAGGAAGGUCUUCUCAGAUUUCAGGAAGGACCCCUAGCUUCGGUGCCAGAACAAGCCCUUCAGUCUGACCUGUUGGCGAUGGAUCGCAGCAACCUGCCGCCGAGUCUGCCAACGAUGCCAAUGGCUGUCGAGCCAGGAGGUCGCGUAGUUGCACCCACUGUCUUGCCUCCUCAUAUGGUGAGAGAGAUGUCGCAGGCUGCCGCUCACAACCCUUUUUGGAAUUUGGCCAACGCAGCCCUGACUGCUGCUGGAAUUCGACCGCCAAAUCCUACGACUGGUUUCCUGAGAGCGACCGCCGAGGAGUUCAAGCCAAUGGGGCAGCUGCAGAAUGUCGGACAGCAGAAUGUCGGAAAGCAGGAUGUCGAACAGCAGAAUGUCGGACAGCAGAAUGUCGGACAGCAGAAUGUCGGACAGCAGAAUGUCGGACAGCUCAAUGUUGGACAGCAGAUUGACCCCUUGCAACGGCAAGACAUGCUCGGCUAUCACUCAAAACGGGACUGGGACAACCUGGACCCGGCAAUGAAGGAGACUAUCCGCAUGUCCCGCCAAGUAAAUAUCCCUGGAGGAAGGAUGGCGCCUGUUCGUCGUCCUCACGAUAUUUCGCACGAAGUCUUACACGGCACCUCUCAUUCGGCCUAUCUGUCGCCGGGGCCAGUGGUGAAUAAUCCGUCUGUGCCUGGACCACAGGACUGGCUGCCAACGAGGCUCCAUCAGGCUGCUGGUAUGAAUCAGGCAGCUGUUGUACCUCUCCCGCCCAGCCCCACCAUUCCAUCGAACGAGAACAAGAACGUCUUCAUCGGGAAGCCGACGCCGGAUCCGUACGUUGUCGAAACUGGAGCCGUGUUGAAACCCGAGCUGAAUCAAGCCACCAACUCCAUCCAGUGGUUCAAAGAGGCCGCCGAUGGUAGCAAGGAGAUCAUCCACUUUGGUCGAGCAGCAGCUCCAGAUGCUGGCACACCAGAGAUCUCCCCAACUUCCAAUGAUACCUCACCGCCGAAAUUCUUCACGCCAUCACCAGGUAGCGCUCGUCGCUGGCGUAUCGGCUCCCUCCACGACAACAAGUAUGGCUGGAAGGGCGGCGACGGUCUAGAGAUCAGCUUCAGGGGCAGCGGCUCCAACGCCGAGCGAGAUCCCAACCCACCCUCCGAUGUCAACUUCGGCAACAACCAAGAUGUCCGUGGUCCGAACUUCAACAACGGCGCUCGCUUCAUCGGCGGCGAGAAGAACGACGGAUCAGACUCUCCUCCUCUUGCGCCGAGAUCUCGUGAGCAAUGGGCCAAGCUCAUGGGGUAUGAGAGGGUUCCUUGCCGCACGCUGAAGUUCGAGGCUCGUGAGGCGGUUCCUAGGCCGCCGCUGUGGCCGGGUGACAGGUAUGGGCCUUUUGGGUUCUGCAAGCCUUGCUAUCCUAUGGAUGUUCCUGGACAACGAUUCACGGCUUGA